GCAACUCUAAACAUACGUCAGUAGUGUGUCUGCCUUAUCGGAAGAUUCGAGGGUUCAGAAUACAAUUCGCUGACUUUCUGAUUUUGCAAUAUUUUAAAAUAGUGCUAUAUAGCGAUAUUUUCUAGAAAACAUGGCCCUAGAAUUAGUAUCUAGCAGCAAAUGUUUCGAAGGCGAACAACGCAUUUACAGCCACAACUCAACUGUAUUGGGUUGUGAAAUGAAAUUUUCCGUCUUCGUGCCGCCCUGUAUGUUGGAAGAGAAAAAAGAAUGUCCCGUUCUAUAUUAUCUGUCCGGCUUGACGUGUACCCAUGAGAAUUUCAUUCACAAAUCCGGUAUGCAACAACAUGCGGCCAAGGAAGGUAUUUUGAUAGUGAAUCCCGAUACAUCUCCACGCAAUGUCAACAUACCCGGUGAAGAUGAUGCCUAUGACUUUGGAUCGGGUGCCGGCUUUUAUGUCAAUGCCACUCAGGAACCAUGGUCCAAGAAUUACCUUAUGUAUUCCUAUGUUACCGAGGAACUGGUGGAAUUGGUAAACAAGAAUUUUGCUGUUUUGCCUAAUAAGAAGGGUAUCUUUGGCCACAGUAUGGGUGGUCAUGGAGCAUUGAUAUGUGCCCUUAAAAAUCCCGGUCAAUAUCAAUCGGUAUCGGCCUUUGCCCCCAUUUGUAAUCCCAUUGAAUGUCCUUGGGGACAAAAAGCUUUGAAGGGAUAUUUGGGUGAUGACAAGGAACAAUGGAAGCAGUAUGAUGCCACUCACUUGGCCCAGAACUAUGCCGGCACUCCAUUAGAACUUUUCAUUGACCAGGGUAGUGAUGAUAAUUUCCUUAAACAAAAGCAAUUGUUGCCCGAUAACUUGUUGACAGCAUGUGCUGGAAAUGAUCACUUACAAGCCAUAUACAAACAACGUGAAGGAUAUGAUCAUAGCUAUUAUUACAUUGCGACAUUUGUGGGUGAACACAUUGCCUAUCAUGCUAAAUUUUUAAAGAAUUGAACAAAAGCGGAGGCUAAUAAACUGUAAUAUUUGGAAAUAAUA